GAUGGCUGCGCCGAGUGACAAGCUUCAGCAACUCGACAAUAUUGAAAGGGAUGUUGCAAACGCUCUGCAAUGUGCAGGUCAAGCUAUCGUUGAAAUGUCUAAAGACAAACCCAGUCAGAAGCAGGUUGAGAAUCACACGACAAAUUUUCUGAAGACGUUGGAGGGAGUUGAAAAUGGAUUGUCAAAACAGAUAAACUAUCUCACUCAAGUAUCAACUGGGCAACCCCAUGAAGGUUCUAGUUAUGCCGCCCAGAAAGAUCUCCAGAUGACUCUGCAUCGGUUGGAACACGUGAAAAGUCGGUUAGCCGAGCUGGAGAGGAUGAAGAAUGACACAAUGAGGAUGAGGACACAGCAGAUGCAGCCGCAACAGAUGCAGGGGAUGGGGGAAAUGAUGGUGAAGUCAGAAGCUGGAUUGCCUCCUUGAUAAUGGAGGCAAGGACACAGCAGAUGCAGGGGAUGGGGACAUGCCAGUGAAGUCAGAAGCUGGAUUGCCUCCUUGAUAGUGGAGGCAAGGACACAGCAGAUGCAGGGGAUGGGGACAUGCCAGUGAAGUCAGAAGCUGGAUUGCCUCCUUGAUAAUGGAGGCAAGGACACAGCAGAUGCAGGGGAUGGGGACAUGCCAGUGAAGUCAGAAGCUGGAUUGCCUCCUUGAUAGUGGAGGCAAGGACACAGCAGAUGCAGGGUAUGGGGACAUGCCAGUGAAGUCAGAAGCUGGAUUGCCUCCUUGAUAUUGGAGGCAAGGACACAGCAGAUGCAGGGGAUGGGGACAUGCCAGUGAAGUCAGAAGCUGGAUUGCCUCCUUGAUAGUGGAGGCAAGGACACAGCAGAUGCAGGGGAUGGGGACAUGCCAGUGAAGUCAGAAGCUGGAUUGCCUCCUUGAUAGUGGAGGCAAGGACACAGCAGAUGCAGGGUAUGGGGACAUGCCAGUGAAGUGAUGGGGGAAAUGAUGGUGAAGUCAGAGGCUGCUCUUCCUCCUUGAUAAUGGAGGCAAGGACACCGCAGAUAGAGAUGCAGGGGAUGGGGGACAUGAUGGUGAAGUCAGAAGCUGGAUUGCCUCCUUGAUUGAAUUCAUAUGGCUGUCAGAUUUCAGAUGUUGUGCUUUUGUCUUUUUGAGGAUAUCCUGCAUUAGAUAAGUGACAUUUUCUGAUACAAGUACUGAGAGUUUAAUAUCAUUUUCAGUUGAUACUGUCUUCCGUAUUAUUUUCUCUGACUAAGUAAAGACUUGCCAGUAUUUUAGGCUCACGGAAUAUGAUGGGCAGAGACGUACUGUCUCUGUGUUAGAACUGAUGCUGUCUGGCGACCAGAAUGUAUACAUGUACUCCGAAAAUAUUGAAACUGACAUUGCAGGAAUUCCUGACAAAUAACUGUAUGUCGGCCUACCCCAUCUACAUGUCAUUUGAGUGUUAGAGGUGAUUGCAUUUUAAUGUCUUCAUUUGUUUUGUAUUUAUAUUUCCCAGAUGCCGUGAAACAGGAUGUUGAAUAACUUUUGUACAAUUGACAAAGAGGAUGAAGGGUUUGCAGUAUGGGCAUGCCUGGUACUGUAUGGUUUAGGAAUAAAAUAUGAUAUCUACCCAACUUUUCUGUCAGCAGAGUUACAUGUGGUAUGCUGUGUGGUGAUGAAAUUGACAAACAAGCUGAUCUUACUAAGUGACUUAAGUACAUGUACCUUAAUACAGUUUGCACUGCCAUUUUCUAUAUUUAUUUUCAGAAUAAAUCUAUA